AUUUAUCUGGGUAACCAUGGCUAUAAGUCCCUAGUAAGACAUCAUAUUUCUCCUGCUAUCUACGCACGAUACGUUCGUUUUCUCCCAGUUACUUGGAACAGUAAAAUAGGAAUAAGAGUAGAACUCUAUGGAUGUCGUGAAGAACGAACUUGCAGCUUUCCAGUAGGACUAGAAGAUGGUCGAGUCAAUCGAGAUGCUAUCACUGCAUCGUCAGUUAAAAACACCAAAUGCACGACAAACCACGCCAGAUUAAAUUCUGAGGGAGCCUGGUGUCCAAAUAAGAAAGCCAAUCAAUGGCUACAGAUUCAUCUCCCACGUAAGACGAUGAUCAUGAAGAUCGCUACACAGGGAAAUCAGGAUGCUGACCAGUGGAUAACGAGUUACCGUUUAUCGUACGGCUUGGACGGGAAGCACUGGAAUUUACAUAGACACCAAGAAGGAAAAAUACGGGUAUUCUCAGGGAACGCUGACCGCAACUCCAUCGUCAUUCACAAGUUGUUCAAUCCUUUCCAAGCUCGUUACGUGAGGUUUCUGCCCAAAACCUGGCACGGUUCUGCGGCCAUGAGAGUCGAGGUGUAUGGAUGCCACGAUACCUAUUUCUGCAGGAAUCCCCUUGGUUUAGAGGAUGGACGAAUACGUGAUGGCGUACUAGACUCAUCGACACAUCUUGAUGUUAAACAUGGGCCAACAUUCAGUCGUCUGUUCUCAAAAAAACAACUACCCUGGUGUACCGCUGCAAACAAUACUGAACAAUGGCUACAGAUUGAUCUACGUAUUACUAAGACAGUGACAAAGAUUGCCCUACGGGGGAGUGGGUCAGGAUGGGUAAAGAGCUAUGCCUUGUCGUACAGUGUAUCCGAGUCUCACUGGGUGAAGUACCAAAGAGAUGGUCGAGUGAAGACAUUCCUUGGUAACUAUGAUGCAAAUUCAGUGGUUUAUCAAGAGAUCAACCCCGCCAUUCACGCUCGCUUCGUUCGUAUCCAGCCCUGCUCGUGGCGCGGCCGUAUUUGUUUGAGGACUGAGCUUUAUGGGUGUCUUGUUGAGGAAAUAGGCGAAUGA